AGCCUCGGGGAGCUACGCUAUGUGAGGAUUUGGGUAGACAACUCCGGUCGAGGAGAUCGCGGAUCGUGGUACUGUAAUCGGAUCAUCAUCAAGGAUUUACAUACAGGAAAGGUCUACCGAUUUCCAAUCCAUGAUUGGUUAGGGAUGUCAGUGGGAGAUUGUGAGUCAGAAAGAUUGGCAGCAGUUGAUAACAAGAUAAUUAUGAAGAAUGAAGUGAUGAGCAUUCACAUUCUUGCGGAGACGAUUUCUUAUAUAGCCAUGUACACAGGUGGAGGCCUACGAACUCGUCAACGGGUUAGGCGCAGUUCUUAUUCGAUUUCAAUCCUACUUGGUCAGUACAUAAUAUGUUUGGUGAACUGGGCAAUAGCCACUAACGAAGACUUCAGCGGGCUAUCAGGAGCGGAAAAGCUGAUUUUUGGCGUCACAGUCAGUCCCAAAGAUGUGGGUCCGCUAGUGUCCUUAUAA